AUGAGAGAUGCAAUUCAAAGUAGGGUUUCGUCCCCAGGCGCACGUGUGAACACCAACAAGGGGCGGGGCUUAGGGAUUUCGCAGCCCGGGGAGGCGGGUUCCGCCGUGUCGGAUCUGGAGUGGAGACCGCUCUCUGCUUGCGCGUGCGCAUUGCGAACCUUCCCCGACGCUGUUUUCUGCUCCAAGAUGGAAUUCCGCUCCGCGCGGCAAGCAAUAAUGCAGCUGCUACGUACGGUGGCUCCGGCAGACCUCCCAGCGCUGCUCGAGUGGAUGAGAACUACCCGAGAUUUUGAUGAGUUCACUCAAGAUAAUAAUGACAUUAUGUUGAAAAACAUAGCAGAAGACCUUCGGAAUUGCUUACCUCUAGAAACCAUGCUUUCCUCAGAACAUCUAGCGCUCCAAAAAAUACAGCAGCAGCCAGAACCCACAGUGCACGUUGAUGCAUUCCUUUAUGAUGAAGACUUUAUUGAUUCAUUAUGUGAGGAAGGAAAAAUGAGCAGAAACUACUGUAUGGUGUGUGGCUCACACCAGACUGCACCUUUAGGAUUUAUUUCUCAUUCCUUCUCCCUCAUGGAAUUGAAGUUCAUUUAUCAUCAUGUCCUCCCUGAUCUGUCGGGAAAGGUCUUGGUUGACGUUGGCUCCAGGCUUGGCACAGUCCUUUAUGGGGGUUAUCUUUACAGUUCAGCACUGCAACUAUAUGGAGUAGAAUUGAAUGGAGAUUUUUGCCAGUUGCAGGAAAUGGUUAUUAAAAAAUACCAGUUCACUGACAGAAUAAAGGUGCUUCAUGCAGACGUCUGUACCCAAGGUUCACUUCUGCAAAAUGCUGAUGUUGUUAUAAUGAAUAACGUCUUCGAAUAUUUUCUUGAUGAGGCAGAACAGGCCAGAGCCUGGGAAUAUAUCAGCCAUAAUGUAAGGAAACAAGGAUCCUUAUUAGUAACAGUACCAAGCCUUGAAGAUUCUCUCUCAAGUCUUCAGGUCAGACUGCAAGGUGCAAAUAAGAAGAGCCAUUCUUUCUGUUGGAAGAUGAAGAAUUUGGAGAAGCACAGAUUUUUAGUUAGAAGUUACCUUAGGAUAAACCAGUUCAAAUCCAUUUUCUUAGAGAAAGAAAAUUAUAUCUGGAACUUCUUUGCCAAGUGGGAAAAAGCAACUUCCUUAAAAUAGAUCUGCAUUUUGGUGGUAACAUGGGACCCACAAUUUAUGGGGUAAAAUGAAGCUUGCAAAGUACUUUACGUUGGUGUUGAGAAAUUGGAUCCUUCCUACAUUGCUGGUAGGAAUAUAAGUUGGUAGGCGCCGUGGAAAACAGUUUGGUAGUUCCUCAAAAUGUUAGCCAUAGAGUUGCCAUAUGACCUACCAAUUCCACUCCUAGAUAUAUACCCAAGAAAAAGGAAAACUCACAUCCAACCUCAAAACUUGUACACAAAUGUUCAU